GCUACGGAACGCCGUGAAAGAAGAACGUGAUAUUGCAUACUUACUGAAACAAAGAACGUAAUAUAUUGCAAACUUACUGAAACUAAAAACAGAAAAGUGAAUAUAGUUAAUCUUUCACUUAAGUUGCAACAGACAUGGAUUUUCUUAAUAAAGAUAAUAUUUUAUUCGCGAUUGUAUUUUUCUCUCUUGCAUGUUGUAGCAUAUCAGGGUUUGAAAUAACAGUUUUACAUACGAACGAUGUUCACGCGAGAUUCGAACAAUUCAAUAAAUAUGGAUCAACGUGCGGCACGAGCGAUGCUCAAGAGGGGCGUUGUUUCGGAGGAGUGGCCAGACGACAUACCAAAAUUCAGGAAAUUCGAAAUAGCCAUGACAACGUGAUUUUGUUGGAUGCCGGAGACCAAUUCAUGGGCACCGUAUGGUUUACUGUACAUCGUGGUAUGGCGACUUCUUAUUUCAUGAAGGAACUUGGAUACGAUGCUAUGUGUCUUGGAAACCAUGAGUUUGAUCUAGAAAUGGAAGGUCUUGCAAAGUUUCUCGAUAAUGUCACGUUUCCGGUCGUAAGCGCAAACACUGAUGUCACAAAUGAACCACGUCUGGCAGGAAAGUUCUCGAAAUCUUGGACUACAACAAUAGGUGGUGAAGAAAUCGGCGUUGUUGGAUAUUUAACCACGAACACUCAAUUCCCAAAUGAGGGACCAAUGGUGAAGUUCCAUGACGUAAUUACAUCAGUCCAAGAUGAAGUAGCCCUAUUGAUAGGCCAAGGAAUUAACAAGAUAUUUGCCCUCGGGCAUGCAGGGAUAGAUAUAGAUAAACAAGUAGCUGCUAUAGACGGUGUUGACCUGGCCAUAGGUGGACAUACAAACACAUUCCUGUACAACGGUGAGAAACCAGCUGGUGAAGAUAUAGAAGGACCGUAUCCUAUUGUUGUUGACCAGCCAGGUGGUGGUAAAGGACUCGUUGUUCAAGCCUACACCUUGGGCAAAUACCUUGGUUACCUUAACCUGAAGUUUGACUCCAAUGGCAUAUUAACAAACUAUUCGGGAAACCCUAUCCUAUUGGAUUCUUCAGUUUCAGAGGAUGUGCGGAUUUUACAGGAAAUAAAUGAAUGGAGGAAGCCUGUAGAGAACUUGAAUUCACUAACAGUCGGUUAUUCUAAUGCGAUGUUGGACGGUGAGAGGCUAUCAUGUAGGCUCAAGGAAUGUAAUCUAGGAAAUCUUAUGACAGACGGAAUUGUAGACUACCACAUGAAUUUCAGUCACCCGGAAUCUGACUGGGCGCCGGCUGCUAUAGCUUUCUGGAACGGUGGUGGUAUUAGAUCAUCUAUUGAUAAAGGAGUUGUAAGUGCAGGAGAUAUUUACAGCGUGUUACCAUUUGGAAAUGAGAUAGAUCUUAUAACAGUGUCCGGUAAAAACCUCCGAGAACAGUUAGAACAUUCCGUCGCAAAUUACAACCGGUCCCUCCCUUCCGGUGCCUUUUUUCAGAUGUCGGGACUUCGAGUAGUGUAUAAUCUACAGAACCCCGUCGGAAGCCGCGUUGUUUCUGCAGAAGCCAGAUGUCUGAGUUGCGACAUACCAAAAUAUUACCCUCUCCGAGAUAGUGAAGAUUAUAACAUAUUUGGGUCAACCUUUAUCAUAAAUGGAGGUGAUGGAUAUAACUUUGAAGCUUUAAAACGACAUCGUUUCAAUACAUUAGACGCAGCAACACUGAUUAAGUAUUUUAAGAAGCACAGUCCCGUGUUUGCAGAGGUCCAGGGUAGAAUCCGGUUCAGUAUAGAUUCUGCUUCAGCGUCGGGUACCCAGCAUUUACCCACUAUCAUCUUCAUAAUGUCUUCAUAUAUGAUCACAUUUUUGUAAAUGUUUGUUGCAUAUUAAUUAUAAGAAAUAAAUAGAUUUCCUUUUGUAAAAAACGGAAUAAAAUAGCCUUCAAUGUAAACUUAUAAAUAUAGUAAACUGUAAAUAAAGUUGUAUUUAGCUUCUUUUUUUGAAACUGUAACAAAUAACCAAAAAAUAAAUUGAGACUUGAUGGUAACAGGUAUUUUUCAUAUUGUAAACUUGUUUGAAAACCAGUUUUAUCGUUGUAGCUGAUGUCCCAUUCGUGUUUAAAUAUUAUAUAGUGUUUACAAGGGCGUAUCACUUUGGGGGACAGGAUCUGACCCCUUAACGUCUGUGCUUGAAACCUGUCCUCACAUUUAAACAAAAUUUUCAGUGGCUUGAUUUAGACCUUGUGUAACUCCCGUUCUCCCUUCAUUUUUUUUACUAAAUCUUCAGCUUUCUUUUGAAUAAAAAUUGGCCCCUCUUCCGCCCCGUUUGCCUGUCUCUGCCCGUUUGUUGUCCAAUUUGAUGCCGUUGCUUUUGGAUGUUCUGUCAAAGAUGUUGUCCUAUAUUGAUCUUUAUUUUCAUAUAUUUUGUUAAGAUUUAAGAGAAAUUAUUUUUUUUGGAGGAAAUGAACCAAUAGGUAUUACACAAAACUUUAAAGCAGAUGUUUGGACUAAAGAUGGUGUACCUGUGUCGUUCGUACCAUCUUUGUCAUUCCAUGCCUGUACCGUUUGAAUUCAGUUUCUGAACCUCUAAGUUUAAUUUAAUUAAACGUAAUCUGUUUUCAUUAAAAUAAUUUUUUGAUAUCGCGUUUGUAUUCUUACGUAUGUAUUUUUGCCAAGGGAAUUCGGCAUACACGCUCAAUCAAAAGAAGAUGAUUUUGCUAUUACAUAUAUGAAAAUUCAUGUGGGUCUAGAAUGAUCGUAGAGGGCGUUUAAUAAAUUGCAAAUUUUGGAAUGCAUACGAAAUUAUUUGUUUUUGUUGCUGAAACUAAAUUUUUUUUUGGUUUUAAAAAGAAAUAUUCACAGUUCAAAAGGCAUAUCGUUUCGUUACAAUUCUUGAAAAUAUUUUUACUUGGACUUCUGGCACUGCUUAAACAUACAGUAAAAGGGUACAUCCCAUCUUGAUAAAGAAUGGAAAGGCCAUUUACUCCAGUAUAGCUUCUCAUAGGAUAGAUUCCAAAGUGCCUAGAGGAUUCAUUCCCAUAUUUGAUGGACGUCAAUGAGUAAAACCGUCUUCAAAUUAUUUUACAUAGCUCAAGUCAUAACAGUUUUAAGAAAAUAUGGACAAAUUUGGGUACUUGACAAGUAACUAGAUCUGUGUAGAGAGUAUUCUCUGGCGGUAAAGUAAAUGGGAAGGACAAAGAUAUGUUUAAAAUGAUAUUUUGCCCAUCUAAGGGUAGAUAGUGAGUGAACAGGUUAAAGUCAAAGUAAGUUUACAUUUUGCCAUAAUUCCUUUCAAUGUUAUAAUUGUCUUCGCGUGAACGAUGAAAUACUUUUGUGACCAUAGGGAAUUUCUGUAAAUAUCCAUUGAAAUGUUCAUGGUUUAAAAAAAUACACUGGUCUUCAGGGCAAAGUUAGUCCUUUUUCAUUAUUAGCUCACCAGAACCGAAGGUUCAGUGUGAGCUAUUAGUAUCAAAGGGGGAUGCUCCGGCGUCCGUCAGUCCGUCGUCAUGCGUCAAUAAUUGUCUUCUUCUCUGAAACUGCUGAGCAGAUUUACUUCAAAUUUUGUCUGUAGCAUCCUUGUGACAGUCACAAGUAAAUUUGCUCAUGUCAUUUCAAUUGGCCCAUUUUAGGGGGCAACAGAGCUAAAAAUAGAAAAACCUUUAAACAUCUUCUACUAAAGAACUAAUUGACGGAUGAUCACCAAACUUUGUCUGUAGCAUUCUUAGUUAUUUUUUAUCAAGUUUGUUCAUAUUAAUUUGAUUGGCCCAAUUUAGGUGCCGUUACAGCUAAAAAAAGAAAAAACCUUUAAACAUCUUUUUUCUACAGAACAAAUUGGUGGAUGAUCACCAAACUUUGUCUGUAGCAUUCUUGGGUAGUCUUUUAUCAAGUUUGCUCAUAUUAAAAAAAGAAAUACCUUUAAACGUCUAUUUCUACAGAACUAAUUAAUAGAUGAUCACCAAACUUUGUCUGUAGCAUUCUUUUAGUCUUUUAGUCUUUUGUCAAGUUUGCUCAUAUUAAUUUGAUUGGCCCUGUUU